CCGUUAUAAAUCAGUGCAGCUGGGAAACCUGCACAGAAUCCUGGUACUGGGAAGAAACUACACUUUUCUAGACAAACAAGUAGAGACACUGGGUAAUCAUGCGGUUCAGCGUCCUCUUCUUCACCGUCCUUCUGGGAUUCCUCUACCUCACAGUGGCACAAGUCACGUAUGAGGACUGCUGUCUGCAGUAUGUCAAGCAAAUUAAACAGUCCAUUCAGAAAAGAGUGAUCGGCUACAGAAAACAAGAGAUGGACGGAGGCUGCAACAUCCCAGCUGUUGUCUUCACAUUGAAACGUGGCCGUAUGGUCUGCACUGACCCCAGAGAGAAAUGGGUCCAUGAACUCAUGCGGAGGGUGGACAUACAGACCAAAAGCUUAUUAGCGAAGAGGAAGAAUUCACAGAGUUAAGCAAACCAGUGACAGCCGAGAGAGGACCAGAGGGAAACCAGCUCAAGAGUCUCGGCCAAUCACGUUCUUUCUUUGAGUUCUGGCUCUCUGAGCACACCUUUCAGCAUGGAUAGAUAGACUGAUGUUUUCAGUGCUUCCGGUGUUUCGUCCUGUGCUCUUUCAGGUAUCAGGUGGCAUUUCCUGUUUCCAGACUUUUGUCGCUUCACUGACGGACUGCUGGUUUAAUGCUCAGAAUGGGAGAUGGCCAUUAUCGUCCCCCUCCACGUGCUGCUGUGCUGUUGUCAUCACUUCCAAGCUCUGUGUAAAACCUUGUGAGCUGCCUGCUUAAAAAGCCCAAAAAUAUACUUCGGUUUAGAGCAUGCGCACAGCUGAACACAGAUCAGAUAACGACGUGCACAAACGAAUGCGCUUGACGCAUGCGCACUACAACGAUUUAUCCAUGUCCAGUUUCUAAACUUUUCUCUCUAAAGUUAUGAGCGAUAAAAAUGUCUUUGUACUCGUUUAAGAUAUAAUCUCAUGUGUACUGCAGUCUCCUCACAAAAGCACUCAUCUUCAACAGUCAGUCUCCUCCGUUUCUGUGAAGCAAAGGGCCAGUUCAGUGCUGCCACCUUGUGGACAAACUGAUUACUGCAAAAAUAAAUAAAUAGAGUGUACUGUGCUGAUGACGAAAUUACCCAAAAAGCGUAUAAGAAGUAAAAAGUGUCUCUGCAUAGUUAAGAAUCAGUGCUCAAUUAGCUAGUGUUUCUCAUGUGAACCGCAUUUUACUUACAAUACAUUUAAAUUGCGUUUACUGGUUCUUUUCAGUAUUUUAUACAAUGCAUAUUUAUAUUUCUUCUGCUUUGUCCGCCAUAUUGCAAUGCAUGCAAUGCUGCUUGAGCAUACAGACUACACAGGCAGUUCACUAGGCUUUGAACAGAGCUUAUGUGAAUAGUUUUACUUUGAGGGUCAUUUUAAGCUACUAUAUUAUGAGCUUUCACUUUGUACUCAUAUAUUUACCGCUUUUGCCCAAUAAAGAGUUAGUGUGAUAAAAAUAUUCUAUUAGUAGUAAAUGUGGAUGGGAAGGUUUUGAAAGCAAAGGACAUACUCCUAUAUCCUUAUGAGUUUAUUAUACUGCUGACCUACCACCAAGUGAUUUUUGAGUUUCUAUGCCAUUAUAAUGCUUUGUAAAUUAUGAUUUGUUAUUUAGAUUAAUGUAGCGAGCUUAAUAAAUGAUUAUUUGAUAGUUAUUGAUAGAGUGAAUACUCACAGAUCUCUUUUCAGAAAUGCAUAUUAUUUUCCAUUUCAUAUGUUUGGUAGUUUUUAUUUCUUGUUUAAUUUAAGUGGAACUACUGUUUUGUACUUUAAUGUUCACACUUGAUCCAGUGAGAAUGUAUCUUUAUCGAGGAAGUGAUGCAAGUUAUAUUGAUCGGCUGUUUUGAAAACCGGAUCAUAAGCUCUUUGGGUUCUUUACACUGCAGAUAUUUUCUUGUGUAUCAGAAAUAAAACAUCUGGAAAAUAA